UCUAGAGGUUUUGUCUUGGAAACCAUCAUGGCAGAAUACUGUAUUUAUCUUGUUGCUGUUUCUCAUAUACAUAUGGAAUUUGACGGAGGUGUUUUCAAGCAUAGAUUUUCAAGAGUAGGCGUCACUGGUUAUUGCGUGUGGUUUAAUGGAAUUUUAGAGAUGAAUCAAAUUAGAUAAUUAUAUUAUUUGCCAUGAGCCGUGUAGAUAUAAAAGUAGUGUUACUUGGCCAUGAAAAUGUUGGAAAAACUAGUUUAGUUGAACGUUAUGUGCAUGAUCAUUUUAAUGAUAACUCGUAUCAAAAUACAAUAGGAGCUGCGUUUGCAGCCAAGCAGGUGGAGUCCAGAGGCAAGAAAAUCACUUUAGGGAUAUGGGACACAGCAGGCAGUGAAAGGUACGAAGCCAUGAGCAGGAUAUACUAUAGAGGGGCGAAGGCAGCUGUAGUGUGCUUCGACGUCUCCAACCGGGCCUCCUGGGACCGCGCCAAGUUUUGGGUUGGCGAGCUGCGCAGGCACGAAGAGGCCUGCAAGGUGUAUUUGUGUGGCACAAAACGAGACCUGAGCUCCAGCGGGCAGCGCCGGGUGACUUGUGAGCAUGCAGCCAAGUAUGCGGAGGGCAUCCAGGCCACUUACCUGGAGACUUCCAGCAAGACGGGCGAGAACGUGGGGUUGCUGUUCCAGCAGAUAGCAGACGACUUCCUGGCUGUCCCUGAGAACGUGAGGCAGGUAGAGGAGACGCUGACUCUCGAGUGCCCGAGCACCAAGAAGAGUCACUGCUGCUACAGCAGCUCGUAGCGACAUGCUGGUGCCUUCUGCUCGCUGUACUUCUUAUAACAGCCAUUGUACAUACCUGCAGAUGUUUAUACUGUGUUUUUAUAUAGGUUAUCUUCAUGAAUAAUAAAACAAAGCAGUUAAAGUA